AUGAUUAUUAAAUUACUUAUAUUAUCAUUAUUGUAUAAAUUAUAUGUAUAUUUGGUUGCAAAGCCAGUUGCUAAAUAUCAAUCAAAACGUGUUAUUGUGACAGGUGCUAGUAGCGGUAUCGGUGUACAAUUGGCUAAACAAUAUGCUCAAAUGAAAUGCAGAGUUGCAAUAGUAGCAAGAAGAACAGAAUUAUUGGAAAAUGUCAAGAGAGAGAUUGUAGAAGCUACAAAAAUAGAUGCAAAUGAUAUCUUAAUCGUUAGUGCAGACCUUACAGAUGAAAAGUCUUGCAAGGCAAUGGUUGAAAAGGUGGUUGGCAAGUGGGGAGGUGUAGAUUUGUGCGUGUGCAAUGCAGGUGCAGGAUCAUUGGUAGAGUUUGAGAAAUUGGAUGGAGACUUUUCCAUCUUUCAUCAAAACAUGGAUAUCAACUUCUUUUCUGUCGUCUAUACUACUGGAUUUGUAUUACCCUAUCUCAAACAAUCAAAUGGUUCGUUGGUAGUUGUAUCUAGUUUGGCCGGAAAGUUUGGUACUGCUCUCAGAUCAUCAUACUCUGCAUCCAAACAUGCACUCCAUGGUUUCUUGAAUAGUCUUCGUAAUGAAUUGGAAGGAAAGGUUCAAAUUACAAUUGUAUGUCCUGGUUUUGUUCAAACAGAAUUUCACGAAAAGGCAAAGACAACUACUGGAAAACCAAUUGAACGUGAAUCAAAACAUUUUAUGACUCCUGAUAAAUGUGCUGAAGCCAUUAUUUUGGCUGAAAGAUUAAAAAGUAGAGAAGUAUUAUUAGGAUUAAAAGCAAAGGUUGGUUAUUAUUUAUUACCAUUUGUACCAGGAUUUAUUGACUACAUGUCAAAUAAACAAGCCAAAGCAAGUAUUAAAAAGGAUGAAUAA